CAUAAAAUACGAUCAAUAUAAUCUAGAAAAAAAAGAGAGACGAGAGACGAGAUGUCGAGAGCUUUGUCAGUCGUUUGUGUCUUGCUCGCGAUAUCCUUCGUCUACGCACGUGCUCGUCAGGUGCCGGGAGAGUCUGAUGAGGGAAAGACGACGGGACAUGACGAUACAACAACAAUGCCCAUGCAUGCAAAAGCAGCUGAUCAGUUAAAGAGCGUCGGCGACAAAAAAUGCAUCGGAGGAGUUGCUGGAGUCGGUGGAUUCGCCGGAGUUGGUGGUGUUGCCGGCGUGGGAGGUCUAGGCGUGCCACUCAUCGGUGGUCUUGGCGGGAUCGGUAAGUAUGGUGGCAUAGGCGGUGCAGCUGGAAUCGGUGGAUUUCAUAGUAUAGGCGGUGUUGGCGGUCUAGGCGGUGUAGGAGGGGGUGUUGGCGGUCUAGGCGGUGUUGGAGGGGGUGUUGGCGGUCUAGGUGGAGCUGGAGGUGGUUUAGGUGGUGUUGGCGGUUUAGGCGGAGCCGGAGGUGGUUUGGGUGGUCUAGGCGGAGUUGGUGGAGGAGGUCUCGGUAAGGCUGGUGGUAUCGGUGUUGGUGGUGGUAUCGGCGGUGGACACGGCGUGGUUGGUGGUAUCGGCGGUGGACACGGCGUGCUUACCGAGAAUCGGGUUCAACUACUCACGCAGCUCAGUCAGUUAGAUGUAGAAGAUAAUUCUGAUUUGCCUUCUUUUGUGGACAGCCUAACUACACUCUGGGAAGACUUCACUUGUCUUGACGUUUCCCAGUGUUUGUUGAACAAGGCAAUUCUGCCUGUGGCUUCUAAAUACUUAGCUUUGGAUCGGCCUGAUUGCUCGCACUACUUUCUCGCUUUUGGUAUUAAGGUAAGCCAAUGGUGUGCUAAACAUUUAAACAUGUCUGUAAUGUCGAUGGAGGAGUCUCAAGAGGAAGAGCAUUCCAACAUUUUCUUUCAGCUUCUUUUGGAUUAUCUUCGUUUUUCUGCCUCAAGCUUUACUGCUAUUGGAAAAACUUGUUUCAUGACUGAUGAGGCCUCAGCUGUUACAGUUCAUAAGUUUGUUUCAGAGCAGCUGAAUUUGACAAAGGAGGUGAUAUUAAAUGCCAAGAAAGUUGAAUCCUUUUCCUCGGAGAUUUUUAAGGCUGUGCAAGUGGUAAUUGAGUCUACUGUUCGUCUGUGCAAAGAGUACUCUCCAACAGUGAAUCGUGACGUUGAACUGAAGACAAAUGGAAAUGUAGGAAAGACAAUGAUGGAGGAGGGAAACUCUGUGGGUAAUUUGGUGAGCAUGAUUACGCUGGGAGUUAAAUCUCUGAGUGAAUUGGGUAUGCUUGCUGCAAGAGAUGGUGGCAAUCUUGUGGCCAUUCUUAAUACAUCUUGGAAGGGUGUGAUUACAUUGCUUCAGAUAGACAAACAGACAUUGGUAUCUAAGGUAGAUGUAGGAGAAAUUAUCUUAAAGCUAAUAUCACUGAUCAAGGAGUCCCUGAGAUUUGCUGCUGAGGCUUGGUCUUGCUCUGUGAAGGAAAACAUAUCUGCAACAGAAGCCAGAAGGGUUUUUCUUCCUGUGAAAUUUUAUCUUAUCAAUGCUGUUAAAGUUGUGGCGUUGUUUCCAAGCCAGGCGUCUAUGGUGUUCAAGGAAAUAGCACUAUGCAUCUUGAUGAUCUCUGCUUUCAAAGUUUCACUGAGCCAACAAACUCAUGGCAAAUCCGCAAGUGAAGUAAUGACUGAUCUUCUAGAGAGAACAACUGUAGAUCUUCUAGGUGCACUGUUAAAUGCAGCUGAACUAACACAGGAAUUCAGGCUCACACUUCUUGAUUCAUUGUUCGUUGAUGAACAAGGUUUCUCAAACCAAAUCUGUAAGAAACAGAGCCAUGAUUCUCACACAAAAACAUCAUUGGUGGAUAUCUUGUCUUUAUCUGUUGAAUCUGCGACAAGUGACAGAUAUUUGCUCCUGGCUCGAGUUAUAUUGUUCCAGUCUGUCAUGAGGUGUUCUUCCGAGCUUGACAAAGAUGCAAAGCUUGCAAUCACCACAAAGCUGCAAUGGUUUCUCGACAUAUUAGCGGACAAAGAGGUUUACUCUUCAGUCCUUUCCUGUCAGCUACCAAUGGCAGAUGGUUCUGGGAAGAUAAUAAUCUGGGAAUCAAUGUAUUCAGCUCUGCUUCUGUCUCUCAAAACCCUUAUGAUCAUACUCUCUUCAACUCCUGCCUGGGAAGAGCUUGAAACAUUCAUACUCCAGAAUCUCUUGCAUCCUCACUUCUUGUGUUGGCAGAUAGUCAUGGAACUCUGGUGUUUCUGGGUUCGUCAUGCCACUGAGGAUUUGGUGGUCGAUAUGAUUAAUCAACUUUGUACAUUCAUGAUGUCAAUGCCAUCAUCAGAAACACCGCUUUGCCCAGAUUCCAUGCUCAGAAGAACUACAAAGUCCAUCUGCUUUCUUCUUACCCACAGCCCCAAAUCUUUAACAGUUCAAGUUUACAAAAAUAUUUCCACUGAGAGCAGAUCUGACCGUGGACCAGGUGUAUAUCUAGCAUUACUGUUAGACGGGUUUCCGCUAAAUUUUCUUCCCGAUAGAAUCAAAAACGACGCAAAGAGACAGAUAUUUGCAGAUUUCUUCAACUUCACCGAGAAAUUCAAUGAGAAACCAUCAUAUUCCUCCAGAUACACUGUGCUUGGAGCUCCAGUUUUCACACUCUCUGCUUGCCUUCGGAUACUAAAGAUGAGCAUAUCAGAGAUUGAUGCCAAAACUCUGAACUUUGUCGUCGCUCUCAUUCAAAAGUACAGAAACUCCAAAGAUGAAACGACGAAGGAAAGUUACAGUGAGAUUCUCAGCGAAACACUAUCAAUCAUCUCAAGAAGCGAUCAGCUAUACACUUGCCAAGAGAUGGAUAAUGUCAUAACAGAGCUUCAAAAGCUAUUCAUUUCAGAAACUGAUCAUCAUCAUAAUCAUCUCCGUAAGUCCAAGCCAAACCUUGCUCUCUUCUUGUCAGGACUCAGCAAAUAUGAGAUGUCUGAAACCGAAACAUGUCCAAAGAGCCGUGCGGUUUGGGAACUCUACCAUUUUCUUCUCAGGAAACGCCACUGGGCUUUGGUACACCACGCGGUGACUGCGUUUGGAUACUUCUGUGCACGUACUAGCUGUAAUCAGCUAUGGAGAUUCGUACCUGAAGACGCGGCUCUAGCCUUCGAUAUAGCUUCUGGAAAAGUAGCGAAAACAGAGCGGUUCAUGUCGGAAUUAAAGAUGUUUUUGGAGAAAGAACAAGCGCUUCUCUCAAUCACACCUUCAGAAGAGGAACUCGAGUUACUUGCGAAAGAAGGCACCAAGGUUAAGGCAACAGUGCAGAAGCUUCUAGAAGGAAGAAGCCAGAGGUCAAUGGAAGUAGAGAAACGACCAAACAAGAAAAGGAAACUUCCAGAAGGAAUUUGCAGAGGAAUGGAGUUAUUGCAGAAUGGAGUGAAGAGGAUUAACGAAGGUUUAAGCGAAUUGAGGUCAUGGGGGAGUCCCACCGUUCUGGCGCGAUACGGUCGUCACGAUGACAAAUUUGAUUGGCGGUCCACCUCUUACUAUACAUUGCAAAUCCAAGCAAGACGAUCUAGGACCUCACGUGGUGCCUUUCAGGCAAGAGUACCACUUCAAGUUUCAACCAAAUCUUUGGAAAUCAACAUUGUUCUUUUGCAGUUUUCAAUGGGCCAAUCAAUUCAAGCGGUUUGAUAUAUUUGAUGCUCAGAGAGAUCAAGAUGUAUGUGAUCAGUGUCACUGGGAAAUAAAACCUGAUGGUCCAUGCAGGCUCGGUAAAAAGGCGAAAUGUUUUCCUUGGAAUUAAUUUUGUACUACUAC